GGCACGCUGUUUGCUGAUUGGCUAGAUUUCCUGCCUGUCAAACUACCCUGUCUGCUGCUAGCAGCUGCGCGGUGGGAGCCACCAGGCGUUGCUGCCGUCACGGUCAUCCUUUCUCAAUUCACCCCUUCAAACAAUGUUAGGCCUAUCUAUUCUCCGGACGGCUCUGAAUCAUUCAUCGACUGCGAAACGUAAGCCUUUGGAUUGAUUCUACCAUCUGCAGUUUGCCAUGGCGACGGUGGUGAUGGAGCAGAUUGGUCGCCUGUUUAUCAAUGCGCAGCAGCUGCGCCAGAUCCCUCAGCUUCUGGAGUCAGCCUUCCCCACGCUGCCUUGCACUGUGAAGGUGUCUGAUGUUCCCUGGGUGUUCCGUGAACGCCACAUCCUCACCGGCUACAGACAGCCGGACCAAAGCUGGCGCUACUACUUCCUCACUCUCUUCCAAAGGCACAAUGAGACCCUCAAUGUGUGGACUCAUCUGCUGGCGGCCCUCAUCAUCUUGGUUAAGUGGCAGGAGAUCUCACAGACGGUAGAUUUUUUGCGAGACCCUCAUGCUCAGCCCCUCUUCAUUGUCCUCCUGGCAGCCUUCACCUACCUCUCCUUCAGUGCUCUGGCUCAUCUCCUCUCUGCUAAGUCCGAGCUCUCUUACUACACCUUCUACUUCCUCGACUACGUGGGGGUUGCUGUUUACCAGUAUGGCAGUGCUCUUGCACACUACUACUACGCCAUAGAGAAAGAGUGGCACACUAGAGUCCAAGGGCUCUUUUUACCCUCUGCAGCUUUCUUGGCCUGGCUUACUUGCUUUGGCUGCUGCUAUGGCAAAUAUGCGAGGCCUGAGCUGCCCAAGUUAGCCCACAAGCUCUUUCAAGUGGUGCCCUCAGCCUUGGCUUACUGUUUAGACAUAAGCCCUGUGGUUCAUCGCAUCUACAGCUGCUAUCAGGAGGGCUGCUCCGACCCAGUUGUGUCAUACCAUUUCUACCAUGUGCUCUUUUUCUUAAUCAGCGCAUAUUUCUUCUGCUGCCCUCACCCAGAAAGUUUGUUUCCGGGGAAGUGUGACUUCAUCGGGCAGGGCCACCAGCUCUUUCACGUGUUCGUGGUGGUGUGCACCCUGAUGCAGGUCGAAGCACUGCGAACAGACUUCACGGAGCGCCGUCCCUUGUACGAGCGUCUUCAUGGUGAUCUUGCACACGACGCCGUUGCACUCUUCAUCUUCACUGCCUGCUGCAGCGCUCUCACAGCUUUUUGUGUGCGCCAGCGUGUACGUGCCUCUUUACACGAGAAGGAGGAGUAACAUUUCAAAUGAGUUGAAAAAAGGAGUCUAAUUUAUUUUACUCUGUAGUGACCAUUAAUUAAAGUAACUGAUUUUUUUGUUUGUUAUUAGUUUGUGACAGUGACUUUCAAUUGUGUCUUCUUUAUGUGCUCUGCCAAACUACAGAGGGCAAAAAACAAAA